AUGACUGACACGCCUUCGCCUAAAGCAAAGCGCAAAGCCAGGGCUGAUGACAACGGCGCAGCUAGUUCAUCUACCUCUUUUGAGCCCCCACGUACCCCGCCCCGGCGUUCAACACAAUCCGCGAGCUUCACAACGCCGUCAUCCUCCGCGUUGCCAUCAAGUCUUAGUUCACAGCGCAAGUCUCAGGCCCGCAUAACCUCAUUCUUCCCCAACAAGAAGAGGCGCAUCGAAACGAUCCCAUUCGAGCUGUCACCGGCAGAGAAGAAGGCGAAGAAGCAGGAGGAAGACGACAUCAAAGCCUUGAUCAAGGAUAUUGAGAAUGAAGAGCGCGAAACCAAGAAAGCUGAGAAAGAGGCAGAGCGACAACUGAAGCGCGAAGAGAAGCUCGCUGUUACACGGGAGAAGAAACAAAAAGCCCAGUAUCGUUUAAACUGGAAUACCUGGUGCGAACGCAACGCAAGACCCAAUGCUACGUUCAAAACCCCUAAAGGCGAUGUAUGGGCAUCACAUAAAUGCAUGUCGCAAUGCGUCCAGGACUUCGGUCUAAAGAGAUCAGAAGUGCUUUGUUUGGAGCAUUGUUCGAUACCAAACUAUCAUAACGAAGACGCUCCGGCCAUUCGAUUGUACCGAUCAGAUGAUGUGGAAAAGUUGGUGGGGCGGAAAGAAGCAACGUUAGCUGGAAUAGAGGGCAUUGACGAGGAAGAUUUGAUUGCUGAAGGAAGAGCCUUGUUUAUUGAGAAGCAGCUGGCUAGAUCAGCUAAUGAAAAGGCAUCCGCGACUCAGUUAUGA